UUUAGAGUGGAGCUCCACUCGCCCAUGGUCUGCAGCCAGCCCCUCUUGGAUGUGUUUGUGUAUCCUCAGUGUUUUUCUCAUAGACUGUAAAAAGUUGAGUGUUUUGUUGAGUGUAAACAGAGUUUUGUCUCUGUGUAUUUUAGUGUUAAUGAUGACAGAUGAGAUGUGCUGUAAAUCAGUAGGAACUGAUCUGGAGGCAAAGCUGAGGUCAAGAGAAGAUGAAGGAGUGAAGAGAGAGGAUGUGGAUUGUUGUGAAUCUUCAGUGUAUGUGACUGAUGGAUGUCUGGAUUCAGUGUGGAUGAGCAGAGAUCAGAGCCGCACACCACAGCCACUGCUGGACUCUAAACUCUCUGAAGAGAAAUCCAGACACACACAGGACUCAAAGCUCAGUCUCACUUUACUCUCUUAUACUGAGUCAAAGCCCACAGACGCUCAGGACACUGUGUGUGACAGUAAUCAGGGCUUACAGGAUGAGGAAUCUACUGAUCAAACCUCCACAGAGUCUCUGGAUUCUGUCUGUAACGCUGGAGAACAGCAGCAGAUCCUGCAGACCACACUGAAGAUGUGUUCAGUCAAACUGAUCGACUGCACGAACCUGAUGAUGAAGACGAGAAGAAAACCCACAGAAGAGGAAGAUCACAUUGAUAAAGACAAUCAUGCAGAUGAUUUAAUUUCAUCAGAUGUGAAGAGUGAAUCAUGUUGUGAUGGAGAAACGUCCUCAACAUCAGAAGAGCGACUGACAGCACAAACUCUUUCCUGCAUCACCUGUGGAAAGACAUUCAGCUCACAGAGACAUUUAAAGAGACAUGAGAGAAAACACACAGAACAGAAACUCAGCUUUACUACCUUACAAGAGAAGAAACUUCAUCAUUCAAAAGAACACGGAGAGAAGAAGAAGUUUCACUGUGAUCGGUGUGGGAAGGAUUUUGACUUUUUAUCUCAUCUGAAAGUUCACAUGAGGACACAUAGUGGUGAAAAGUCUUUCUACUGCACUGAAUGUGGCUAUUACUUCAGCACCAAACAAAGUCUUGAUGCUCAUCAGAGAAUUCACACAGGAGAAAAACCAUACGAGUGUCCUCACUGUGAGAUGAGAUUCAGAGAAAAAAGCUGUCUGAAGAAACAUGUGUUUAUACACACCAAUGAGAGACCGUAUCAGUGCAGUGAAUGUGACAAAGCCUUUAGGGAUUCAGGUGCAUUAAAAUCACACAAAAAUAUUCACUCUAAAGAGAAACUUUAUCAAUGUUCACACUGUGAUAAAGGUUUCUGUCAUAAAUCUAAGCUUAUAUGCCAUGAGAAAAUUCACACUGGAGAGAAACCUUAUCACUGUAUUAUCUGCGGGAAGAGUUUUAUUCUACGUUACAGAUUAGUAAAUCACCAGAGAAUUCAUACAGGUGAAAAACCUUACAAAUGCUCUCAUUGUGACAAGACGUUUGCUCAUUCAGGUGCCUUAAAAGCCCAUGAGAGAAUUCACACUGGAGAGACACCUCAUCACUGUAGUGUUUGUGGGAGGAGUUUUGGGCGGCGUGAACAUUUAGUAAGGCAUCAGAGAACUCAUACAGGCGAAAAACCUUACAAAUGCUCUCAUUGUGAGAAGACAUUUGCUGACUCAGGAACCUUAAAGGCCCAUGAGAGCAUUCACACUGGAGAGAAACCUUAUUACUGUAGUCUCUGUGGGAAGAGUUUUUGGCAGCGUAAAAUUUUAAUGAUACACCAGAGAAUUCAUACAGGUGAGAAACCUUACAAAUGCUCUCAUUGUGAGAAGACAUUUGCUGACUCAGGAACCUUAAAGGCCCAUGAGAGAAUUCACACUGGAGAGAAACCUUAUUACUGUAGUCUCUGUGGGAGGAGUUUUUGGCAGCGUAAAAUUUUAAUGAUACACCAGAGAAUUCAUACAGGCGAAAAACCUUACAAAUGCUCUCUUUGUGAGAAGACGUUUACUGAGUUAAGUGCCUUAAAAAUCCAUGAGAGAAUUCACACCGGAGAGAAACCUUACAUCUGCUCACACUGUGGAAGGAGUUUCACUACUCCUAGUACUUUAAAAGUUCAUCAGAGAAUUCACACUGGAGAGAAACCUCAUCACUGUAGUGUCUGUGGGAAGAGUUUUAGGCGACGUGAUCAUUUAGUGAAUCACCAGAGAAUUCAUACAGGUGAAAAACCUUACAAAUGCUCUCAGUGUGAGAAGACGUUUACUGAGUCAGGUUCCUUAAAAGCCCAUCAGAGAAUUCACACUGGAGAGAAACCUUAUGUCUGCUCAAUCUGUGAAAAGAGAUUCACUAAUUCAUCUAAUUUCAGAGUUCAUCAGAGAGUUCACACUGGAGAGAAACCUUAUCACUGUAGUGUUUGUGGGAAGAGUUUUGGGCAGCGUGAACAAUUAGUAUUACACCAGAGAACUCAUACAGGUGAAAAACCUUACAAAUGCUCUCAUUGUGAGAAGACGUUUACUCAGUCAGGUGACUUAAAAAUCCAUGAGAGAGUUCACACUGGAGAAAAACCUUAUCACUGUAGUCUCUGUGGGAAGAGUUUUGGGCGGCGUGAUCAAUUAAUUAAACACCAGAGAAUUCAUACAGGUGAAAAACCUUACAAAUGCUCUCAUUGUGAGAAGACGUUUACUCAAUCAGAUCACUUAAAAAUCCAUGAGAGAGUUCACACUGGAGAGAAACCUCAUCACUGUAGUCUCUGUGGGAAGAGUUUUGGGCAGCGUACACAUUUAGUGAAUCACCAGAGAAUUCAUACAGGUGAAAAACCUUACAAAUGCUCUCAUUGUGAGAAGACGUUUACUGAGUCAGGUGCCUUAAAAAUCCAUGAGAGAAUUCACACUGGAGAGAAACCUUACGUCUGCUCACACUGUGGAAGGAGUUUCACUAGACCUGGUACUUUUAAAGUUCAUCUGGGAAUUCACACUGGAGAAAAACCUCAUCACUGUAGUGUCUGUGGGAAGAGUUUUAGGCAGCGUGAUCAAUUAAUGAAACACCAGAGAAUUCAUACAGGCGAAAAACCUUACCAAUGCUCUCAGUGUGAGAAGAUGUUUACUGAGUCAGGUGCCUUAAAAGCCCAUGAAAGAGUUCACACUGGAGAGAAACCUCAUCACUGUAGUCUCUGUGGGAGGAGUUUUGGGACGCGUGCACAUUUAGUAAGGCAUCAGAGAAUUCAUACAAGUGAAAAGCCUUACAAAUGCUUUCAGUGUGAAAAGACCUUUAAUCGGUCAAGUAAAUUAAAAAUUCAUGAGAGAAUUCACACUGGAGAGAAACCUCAUCACUGUAGUGUCUGUGGGAAGAGUUUUAUGCGACGUGAUCAUUUAGUGAAUCACCAGAGAACUCAUACAGGUGAAAAACCUUACAAAUGCUCUCAGUGUGAGAAGACGUUUACUGAGUCAGGUUCCUUAAAAAUUCAUGAGAGACUUCAUACAGGAGAGAAACCUUACGUCUGCUAGAUCUGUGGAGAGAGAUUCCCUCAUUCUGGAAGUCUUCAGUAUCAUCAGAAGAAACACACUGAAGAACAAACUACACUUAAAGGAAUAGUCUACCCUUUUUCCAUAUUAAACUAUGUUAUUACCUCAACUUAGACAAAUUAAUACAUAUCUAUCUUUUUUCAAUGCAUGCACUGUACAGCGCGUCGUGAAUGUGUUAGCAUUUAGCCUAGCCCCAUUCAUUCCUAUGGUACCAAACAGGGAAGCCACCAAACACUUCCGUGUUUUCCCUAUUUAAAGACUGUUACAUGAGGAGUUAUACUAGUAAGUAUGGUGCCACAAAAUACAACUUUGUUUUGGUACCAUAGGAAUGAAUGGGGCUAGGCUAAAUGCUAACACAUUC